AUGGCCUGGCCGAAUCCGUUCAGACGACGCACCGAAAACACUCGAUCAGCAUGGGGACUCACCAUCGAACUGACUCCUGAGCACCUCACGGAGGAGCAAACACUUCCGCUAAAGCAUUCUUACGACGUUCUGGGGGAGCAGUGUCUCCAACGCUUGAACGAAAUCUCGCCACCACCGCAGAAUGCACUUCCCCGGCAAAGCGGCCGACCUGUGGCAGCCAAGAUGGACCAAACGGCCGAAGCGCCAGAAGAGAAGGAUCGAUCGCUAGGCGACGACAAGAAUCCGCAGAAGCCAGAGGGUCCGCCGCACCGAGAUCUGUACGCCUUACUGCGCGACAACGCCGAUAAAGACGAGAAGCUGGGCGAGCUGUGGAAAGAAGUCAACACAGUCCCGGAUUGGGUCGACUGGGAGCAGAUCAAGCGCGGGCAAGACGUCUUCUACAGAUACGGCAGUGCCGCUCUGACCGGGCUGGCGUACCAGUCGCUGCUCGGCGGCAUGGGCGCGGCGCGCGUGGUCGAGACUCUGGCGCGCACAGGAGGCUUUAGCACCAAGGUGGCGCGCAGGCGGCUGUUCGAGACGACGCAGCAUAUCCUGCAGUGCACCCGGACGCUGGAAGGCAUACAGCCGGGGGGAGAGGGCUGGGCGAGCAGCAUCCGCGUGCGGCUGCUGCACGCGGCGGUGCGGCAGCGCAUCCUGAAGCUCGCCGAGACGCGGCCCGAGUACUACAGCGUCGAGGAGUACGGAGUCCCGAUCAACGACCUCGACAGCAUGGCCACCAUCUCCGUCUUCUCCGGGACGCUGAUCUGGUUGAGCUGGCCGCGGCAGGGCAUCUUCGUGCGCGAGCAGGAGGCGGCCGACUACAUCGCGCUGUGGCGGUACAUCGGACACGUCGUCGGCUCUCCGACCGACGCCUUCGCCACGCCGUCCAAGGCGAAGGCGCUGAUGGAGACGCUGUACCUCAACGAGAUCCGGCCGUCAGACGUGUCCAAGAUCCUGGCCAACAACAUCAUCCGCAGCCUGCAGGACCAGCCGCCGGCCUACGCGAGCGCCGACAUGCUCGUGGCCGGGGCGCGCUGGCUCAACGGCAACGAGCUCGGCGACGCCCUCGGUCUGCCGCGGCCGUCGCUGUACUACUGGGCGCUGAUGGCGGGCCAGUGCGUCUUCUUCAUGGCCAUGAACUACACGUACCGCUCCAUCCCCAGCUGGGACCGGUACAAGAACGCCGUCACGCGCGACAUCUUCUGGAAGUACAUCAUCGAGAGCAAGUGGGGGCUCGACGGCAAGACGACGCACUUCGACUUCAAGUACGUGCCUGAGUAUGCCAUCAUGACCCAGCUGGGCCAGACGGAGCUCGCAACCCUCGACCAGGAGUAUGAUGUCGAGUUCAGGAACCUCCGGUGGCUGCUGUACGCGGGCGUUGUCGUUGCGGGAGGCAUGUACCUGUCGUUCAAGGCUGUGAGCGGCGUCGUUGGCUUGUUCCUGUAG